AUGGGCAUCCGCAUUACAGGUACGGGUCUUUAUCAUCCUGAAGACAUCAUUACCAAUGAAGAGUUAGUUGAAAGUUUAAAUGCUUAUGUGGAACAGUAUAACCUAGACAAUGCUGACAAAAUUGCUUCGGGCGAGUUGGAAGCCCGUCGUGGGUCAAGCGCAGAGUUUAUUGAAAAAGCGUCUGGUGUAAAACGUCGUUAUGUGGUUGAGAAAACAGGGAUCUUAGAUCCGAAGCGUUUACGUCCAUUGUUACAUGAGCGUUCAAAUGAUGAACUCUCGAUUCAAGCCGAAUGGGGCGUGAUCGCUGCAAAACAAGCGAUGGAAAAUGCAGGCGUAACUGCAGAAGAUAUCGAUGUCGUAAUUUUAUCAUGCUCUAAUUUACAGCGUGCUUAUCCUGCUGUUGCAAUUGAAAUCCAAACAGCAUUGGGUAUUCAAGGCUAUGCCUACGACAUGAACGUGGCAUGUUCGGCCGCAACCUUUGGCAUUAAACAAGCCUAUGAUGCGAUCAAAGCGGGCGGACGCCGUGUAUUAUUGGUGAAUGUAGAAAUCACCUCUGGUCAUACCGACUACCGUUCACGUGAUUGCCACUUUAUCUUUGGUGAUGUCGCAACGGCUUCAAUCAUUGAAGAAACCGACAGCAAAACUGGUUUUGAAAUUGAAGACAUUAACUUAUUCACACAGUUUUCAAACAACAUCCGCAAUAACUUUGGUUUCCUAAACUUAAGUGAAGUCGAUGCAGACAUUGAAAACAAUCGUUUCGCUCAAGACGGUCGUAAAGUGUUCAAAGAAGUUUGUCCACUGGUUGCCAAAAUGAUUACAGCGCAACUUGAGAAAAACAACAUUGCACCGACUGAUGUGAAGCGUUUCUGGUUACAUCAAGCCAAUGCCAGCAUGAAUGAGCUGAUUCUGAAAUUGGUCGUAGGCAAAGAAAAUGCUCAGCCUGAUUUAGUACCGAUCAUUUUAGAUGAGUUUGCAAAUACCUCUUCAGCAGGUGUCAUCAUUGCGUUGCACCGCACAGCAGACCAAGUCAAUGACGGUGAAUACGGUGUCUUGUGUUCAUUCGGCGCGGGUUACUCUGUUGGUGCUGUGCUUGUGAAAAAACACGUCGCAUAA